UUUUUUUUUUCAUGAUUUAUUAUAAACUUUUUGUUGAAUAGAAAAAAUAAUAUGUUGAUUUUUCUUUACCUUUUAAUGUUUAAUAAAAAAUAAAAUAUUAUAAAAACAAACAGUUUAAUACUUAACACUAUUAAGUAUUAAAGUUCUAUUUAGAAUUAAAUAAAAAUAAAUAGAAUUAAAUAAAAAAACAAACACAACUUAAAUCAUUAGAUUAUUUUAGUACUUGACUCUAAAAGAAAUUGAGACUUUAAUUUUUUAUUUAUUUAUUAAAUUUGAGAUCCAAGUCAAAGAUUCUCUCCAAUGUAAACCAAUAAUCCUUGCUUUCAAAUAUGACAUUUUUAAAAUCACCUUGCUUUUAAAAGAUUUUCUUCUUGUACUGUUUCUCUAUAUUUUAUUUCCUUCAUAUUUUUCUUCAAAUUUUUUUAAAAGAAAAUAUUAUUACAAUUUAUUCUUUAUGUAAAUCUUGAUAAAAACUUAUUGUAAAAAAAGGUGGAAAACAGUCAGUAAAAUUUAGAAGUUAGAAAUGAUGAGAAAGUGUAAGAGAGAAAAAAAAACUCGGGAGCUCAAAGGUUGGACAUGGUGAAGAUAUUAGGGUUAAUGUGUAUCAUGGGAAAAGAAAAAAUCAUUACGUGGAUGAACGUAAAGAGAAAAUGGAUGGUUGGCAGAGAUGAGAAGCAAUGUAAGUGGGAACAAAACAAAGAGUCUCUCUGACCCCUACGCAAUUGAUAAUUUGAUAGUGACGCUUUUCAGAGAGAUGGAAAAAAUACCUUCCUUAUUUGCAUUUAUGUGUUGGUGAUUUAUUAUAUUUAUAUACAUAAAAAUCUGGCGUCACAAAUUGGUGGGCGGGCGGGGGCAAUGGGCGCGUCCAUGCCUCACGCCACAAGAAAAAUGCAUACGAAAGACUGGGAAUACAACACGUAGGACAUCUGCAUGUCCCACAUCGGAACACUAUCAAAGACCACAACCAAUCACAGCUUCACCUUGGAUCUCUCUUUCGGUCUUUCAAUCACUUUCUCUCCCUCUCUCUUCGCUCUUUCUCUCGCCUCACACCUAAUUCGCGGCUCAAAUAACUUUGCCGCAAAAACGAAAAAUCUGAUUGACGAGGGUUAAAGCUACUGCUCUCAUUUCUUCAACUUGAAAUGGAAGCCGCGCUCUCUUGCUACUUCACCCUCCAUUUCCGUUCCUCCUCCAUCGCCUGCAAUUCUCCCUUUCCGAAAACCCCUUUCUUUAUCCGGGGUAGCUCCAAUAGCGGCAUUAAGACUAGCAAUGGUACCAGGAGGAGAAGCCGCAGCAGCAAGAAGCCCACGCUUCUGAAAAAUGUUAAGACAAAUCAUGUUGAUUCUAGUGACCUUACUGCGGCUCCGCCCGUGGGAGGCCAGGAGGAGGGUGGGCCUGAGGAGAAGUCGAAGAAUAAGCCGGUGAGCGUGCGUACUCUUUAUCAGAAUGGGGACCCACUGGGGCGGAGGGAACUGAGGAGGUGCGUGGUGAGGUGGAUCAGCCAGGGGAUGAGGGGCAUGGCGUUGGAUUUCGCUUCCGCGGAGUUGCAGGGGGAGUUCGCUGAGUUGAGGCAGCGGAUGGGACCCGGUCUGAGUUUCGUAAUCCAGGCACAGCCCUACCUCAAUGCCAUUCCUAUGCCCCUUGGUCAUGAAGCCAUCUGCUUGAAGGCCUGCACUCAUUACCCUACCCUCUUCGACCAUUUCCAGAGAGAGUUGAGAGACGUCCUCCAGGAUCACCAGCGGAAAUCCCAGUUCCAAGAUUGGCGUGAAACCCAGUCCUGGCAGCUGCUCAAGGAGCUUGCUAAUUCAGCCCAGCAUAGGGCUAUCUCGCGCAAGGUAUCUCAGCCGAAGCCCCUCAAAGGCGUUUUAGGAAUGGAGCUGGACAAGGCCAAGGCUAUACAGAGCAGGAUCGAUGAAUUCACAAAGCGGAUGUCUGAGCUGCUUCAAAUAGAGCGGGAUUCUGAGUUGGAGUUUACUCAGGAGGAAUUGAAUGCCGUUCCUACACCUGAUGAGAGUUCUGAUUCAUCCAAACCUAUUGAGUUCUUGGUCAGCCAUGGCCAGGCUCAACAGGAACUCUGUGACACUAUCUGCAAUUUGAAUGCUGUUAGCACUUUCAUAGGAUUAGGUGGAAUGCAUUUGGUAUUGUUCAAGGUUGAGGGGAAUCACCGAUUGCCACCUACUACCCUUUCUCCUGGAGAUAUGGUCUGUGUGCGAAUUUGUGAUAGCAGGGGUGCAGGGGCAACGUCUUGCAUGCAAGGAUUUGUUGACAGUCUAGGCAAGGAUGGGUGCAGCAUCAGUGUAGCUCUGGAGUCUCGUCAUGGUGAUCCAACCUUCUCUAAGCUCUUUGGCAAGAGCGUGCGCAUUGAUCGCAUUCAUGGAUUGGCUGAUGCUCUCACAUAUGAGCGCAACUGUGAAGCCCUGAUGCUGCUCCAAAAGAAUGGUUUACAAAAGAAAAAUCCUUCAAUUGCUGUUGUGGCCACUCUUUUUGGAGACAAAGAAGAUGUUGCAUGGCUGGAAGAAAAUGACUUGGUAGAUUGGGCUGAGGUAGGUUUGGAUGAACUAUUGGAGAGUGGGGCUUAUGAUGAUUCUCAGAGAAGAGCAAUUGCCUUAGGGUUGAACAAGAAACGGCCCAUACUGAUAAUCCAAGGGCCUCCUGGAACUGGAAAGACAGUUUUGCUCAAGGAACUCAUAGCACUUGCCGUUCAACAAGGUGAAAGGGUGCUUGUCACAGCACCUACAAAUGCAGCAGUGGAUAACAUGGUCGAAAAACUUUCUAAUAUUGGAGUAAACAUUGUGCGCGUCGGCAAUCCAGCACGGAUAUCCUCUGCAGUAGCUUCAAAAUCUUUGGGUGAAAUUGUGAAUUCUAAGCUGGAAAAUUUUCUAACUGAAUUUGAAAGGAAGAAAUCAGAUCUAAGAAAAGACUUGAGACAUUGUUUAAAGGAUGACUCUUUAGCUGCUGGCAUACGCCAGCUUCUAAAACAACUUGGAAAGGCACUGAAGAAGAAGGAAAAGGAAACUGUGAAGGAAGUAUUAUCAAGUGCACAAGUUGUGCUUGCCACUAACACUGGAGCAGCUGAUCCUGUGAUUAGAAGAUUGGAUGCCUUUGAUCUCGUUAUUAUAGAUGAAGCAGGACAAGCAAUUGAACCUUCUUGCUGGAUACCUAUUUUGCAGGGAAAGCGCUGCAUUAUUGCUGGUGACCAAUGUCAGCUUGCUCCUGUAAUUCUAUCUAGAAAAGCUUUGGAAGGUGGUCUUGGGGUGUCACUCCUGGAGAGAGCAGCAACUUUGCAUGAGGAGGUUCUUGCCACCAAAUUAACAACACAGUAUCGAAUGAAUGAUGCAAUUGCCAGCUGGGCUUCAAAGGAGAUGUACGGUGGAUCAUUGAAGUCUUCCUCCUCUGUCUUUUCUCAUCUUCUGGUAGAUUCUCCAUUUGUGAAGCCUGCAUGGAUCACACAAUGCCCAUUGCUAUUGCUUGAUACAAGAAUGCCAUAUGGAAGUUUAUCAGUUGGUUGUGAAGAGCAUUUGGAUCCAGCUGGCACAGGUUCCUUUUACAAUGAAGGGGAAGCAGAUAUCGUUGUGCAACACGUCUUGUCUUUGAUUUCUGCUGGUGUUAGCCCAACAGCAAUUGCAGUUCAAUCUCCUUAUGUUGCUCAAGUGCAACUGUUGAGAGACAGGCUUGAUGAGAUUCCAGAAGCUGUAGGUGUUGAGGUUGCAACUAUUGAUAGCUUUCAAGGCCGGGAGGCUGAUGCAGUUAUUAUAUCAAUGGUUCGAUCAAACACUCUAGGAGCAGUUGGCUUCCUGGGGGAUAGCAGGCGAAUGAACGUUGCAAUAACAAGGGCAAGAAAACAUGUAGCAGUGGUGUGUGAUAGCUCAACAAUAUGCCACAACACAUUCUUGGCCAGGCUCCUCCGUCAUAUCCGAUACAUCGGUAGAGUGAAGCAUGCUGAGCCUGGGACUUUUGGGGGAUCUGGACUCGGCAUGAAUCCAAUGCUUCCAUUCAUCAGUUAGCAUCCCCAUUACCUGGUGAAGUACUCAUCUCUUGAACUUCUAUUUCCUUAAAUUGACGAUUAUUUGGGAGGUCAAUGGUAAGGUAGAUCUCAAUUCCUAUCCAAAAAGAAAAAGAAAAAAGAAAAAAAGAGAGAGAUAGGGAUAUAGCAGGAUGGUUGUAUCUGCCGGCAGCAUCAGCUUCCAAAUCUAAUCUGAUGUACAGUCUGCCUAUUAAUUUUCCAACACAGAUAAGUGAAUAGCAAUUCCAUUUGUAUAUAAUUGGCACACAAAUGUAAGCAUACAAUAUUUUUUAUACAACUCAAAAGUUGUUGUGAUGUGAAGGAAAUAGGCUUCAAUUUUA